GAGAGGGAGAAAAGAGGUUGACCAAACGGAGGGAGGAGGGAGGGGGAAACGGCGUAUGCUUGUAUACAACCCUGAUUUCCAUUUUUUUCCCAACUCGUAAUGUAUUUAAUUCAAGUGAAACGUAAUCAUGACGUGUCGUGUCAUUAAUCUCCUCGCCGCCUCUCCCAAAAGCAAAGGAGGCUGCUGCCACAGAAGUGUGUCCCCCAUCAGCCGAGACACUAAAGAAUGGCAUAACAUCACACACACUGCUGAGGAUGGAUUCUCCACCAGAGUGUGUGUUGUCUCUUUCUUGUGAGCAGCCCCAGUCUCCUCCAACACUGCCGUCCCUGGACCACAGCCCCCAGGCCUCCUCUCCUAACACCCAGCUCUCUUUACCUGACAGCCCCGUUAUCCUACCCAUUCACAGCCCUGAACCUUCCUCUCAGAGCCCAGACACUACGCCUUAUUUCCCCCUCUCUCCCUUCCCUCUCAAUGAGGACAAUAACAAUCACCAUGAUUCUGAUGAAGAGGAUGACGAGGAAGAGCUUGAUGGAGUUCCCCCGUCCCCAACCCCGGCAGUGGCUUUGUUCCCAGGGUGGGGGGCAAGAAGCUGGAUGCACCCCCCCCCCCCAGCCACACCAUCAGCACCACUCCUUGGGUUUGGAGCCCUGGAGCUGGCCCUUGUUUCGGGUCAGAGUGGAAACUGCAAUGACGAGCUAGACCUGCAGCUGUUCCAAAAAGAUGCUGUUACCAAGGCGGUACCUGGAGUGGGCGGGGCUUCAUCGGGGCCUGCACUCAGAUUUCCCUGUCACGUAUGCGGGAAGAGAUUUAGAUUCCAAAGUAUUUUGUCUCUUCACGCACGAGCUCACAGUCUGGACAGAGACCGCCGAGCUUCAGCCCUCUACCGGACUGGACUACCCUCAGCACCCUUAAAGCAGCACCUCAAAGUCCAACAGAACCACAAAGACAUAAUCCAGAAUCACAGAAGUCACACAAACCAGCGUUUACUACCAGGGGCUCUCAUUCAGCAUCUCACAGAAGAAGAGGAGGUUGAUGGUGAGGGUAAAGGUAUUGAUGAUGGCCUACAGACAGACCAGAACCCAAACUUUUUAAUUGAUGACAGCACACCACUGACCCCUCCACUUACAGAGGACCCUGUAUCUGUGACCUCUCCCUAUUCUUCCACCACUGGGGAAUGUAUGUCCACAGCAUCUAUGUUUCGCUGCCACGCCUGCAAAGGAAAAUUUCGCACUGCUUCAGAGUUGGCCCGCCAUGUCCGCAUUCUCCACAACCCUUAUAAAUGCACUCUUUGUCCUUUUUCUGCCAGCCAAGAAGAAAGCCUGGCAUCCCACUUGCAGGAGUGUCACCCUUCCCCUGAGGCACCUGCUCUGCCACCAGCCUUCAAUUCCAGGCCCAUUGUUGCAACCCCUGACACUCCUGUGCCCACCCCAACCCAUACACCAGCCCCAACACCAAGUACCCCACAGGUGACAUCAGCCACUACAAUGUCUGCAUCCUCCUCACUGCCUGCAUUUCGAUGUGACACUUGUGGACAGCGGUUUACCCAGUCUUGGUUCCUAAAGGGACACAUGCGAAAGCAUAAGGAUUCCUUGGACCAUAAGUGCCAGGUAUGUGGUCGUGGCUUCAAGGAGCCUUGGUUCCUCAAAAACCACAUGAAAGUACAUCUUAACAAGCUCGGGCUGAAAGCUGGGCUGGGGACCCUUGGGGGACCAGGAGGUGCUGAGCAGCAGGCUAAAGGCUCAGCAGGUAAUCAGUCUCUCAAUGCCCUCUACUCUAGCCUUCUUCUGGCCCAGCGGGGAGGUGGCAGAGGUGGACAAGGAAGAUCAGAGAGGGACACUGGAGGCAGAACGGGGAUGAGUUCCAGCAAGUCAGCCAUCCUGGGAUACCUGGGGUUGCCCAGCGAUGGCAGUGGGGCCAGCUGUAUGGAGAGACUUCAAGCAGUGGCUCAGGUGGCAGAGAUGGGAAACAGUGGUGGUGGCAGCACUGGCAGCUCAGGAGGUGGUGAUGUGGGAAGAGGAGGGGGAAAAACUAGAGGCACAGGUGAAACCUCAGCAUCUGUAUCUGAAGGAGGGGACCAGGCAACCUGGUGGCAGCUGGUGGCUCGCAGCCUGGCAGUCGCUCAGCAGCAACAGCAGAGGUCUCAUCAGCGAGGCCAGCAGCAAGGCCAGCGAGGCCAAGGUCGGAGUUCUGUGAUCACUGAAGCUGACCAGGUCAGAGCCUACCUUGGAGGCCUGGAUCUAAGAGAGGAGUCUGGAGGAGGAGGGGGGCCAUGGGAAUGCCCAGAUUGUGGAAAGCUAUUCCGCAGUCUGCAGCAGGUGGUGGUUCAUGCUCGUGUUCACACUCAGAGGCCCCAAAAAGGAGCUGGCGGAGAAGACGAUGAGAGUGGCAGUUGCAGAGGAGCAGGACUAGGAAGAGGAGGCAGCAGCGAAGUAAGACAGGAAUCUCAGCUACACAGUGGUGGAACCCAACAAACGGGAGAAGUGAGACAGGAAUCAAAACUGCACAGUGGUGGAGCACAACAAGCAGGAAUAGCUACGGGGUUUCACUCUGUCAUCUCAGGCUUCAAAGGAGAAAAUGGCUUGACAGCGGUCUCCUCCAUACCUCCGGUUCCCACCAGGGAGCGAGUGCGUGGUAGAGGGAUAAAAGACUGCCCCUACUGUGGUAAAGCUUUCCGCUCUUCACACCAUCUCAAAGUGCACCUGAGAGUUCACACAGGUGAGAGACCCUACAAAUGUCCCCACUGUGACUAUGCGGGUACCCAGUCUGGCUCACUGAAAUACCACCUUCAGCGGCAUCACAGAGAACAACGCAAUGCCUUGUCAUCGUCCUCCAGCUCAUCUGCUGGUCUCACCUCCACUAUCAACAGUGCGACUUCUGGAACCUCUGGGCUGGUCAAGCAGCGCAGAUCCCAACUCAACCACUGCACAGUCAACCGAAGCUCAGCUGACACCCCCUCCUCUCGAUUGAGCCAGCAGUCCUGGCUGCUGGGGCUACCAGACCAGCGGGAGCAUCGAAAGGCCUUAGCAGCUCUAAGGGAUGUGGACUUGGAGACCCAGUACAGGUAUUUGUCUGGGGUGAUGGGUGCCCUUUAUCAAGGUGGAAUGGAAGGAGGCUGGAUUAGGGAGUCUCCCCCACCAAAAGCCCCUAACGUGUCCCGGCGUAAGCCCCUUACUACUAGCCGAAUCGUUCAGUCAUCAGGUGACAAGGAAGGGCCUACGCCUUCAACUCAAGAAAGUGGGUUUGAACCCCUGGAUCUGUCCCGUCGUCCCUCAUUUGGCCUUGGUGGGAUGGAAGAAGAUGCAGUUAUGAGUGUAGGGGAAGGAGGAAGUGUCAGUGGUGGUAAUAGUUCAUCAGGGGCCAAACUGAGCCAGUGUUUGUUUUGCCCUUUCCGUACGUCCUCAGCGGAGUUAAUGGCCAUGCAUCUCCAGGUCAACCACACCAGUAAGUCCAGGCGCAAAAGGGGCUCUUUGACUACCUUGAAUGAUGAUGGACCCCCAAAGGCCACCAGACCCCGAACGGCUCACUCCAAGAUUGAUUCCUUGGGGAUAUGGGGGCACGUAAGUGAGGCUGAGUCCCAGGCACCCCUGGAGGAAUGGUUCUCAACACAGGCCCAGACUCUCAAUGGGCUCUCUGAGGAUAAAACGGAACAUCUGGGCAACGUUCCCAACCACCCAAACUCCAAUGUGGCCUCUGUAUCCAAGAAUGUAAGACAUGGUUUGGCACUCAAGGGAAAGACAGAGGGAGAGGAAGACGUGCAAGAGGAAGAACUGGAAGACAAUUUGGAGAACAGCCUGGAGGAUUCACAGGACCACAAUUUGAGAAUGUCCCUCUCUCUUGCACCAGCCCUGAGCUCCAAACACAUGGUGAGAGGGGAGGAAAGAGUCUUGACAGAUUAAAACAGUUUGGAUGACAUAAUUUAAACUGGAGAGUCGAUUCCAGUGUUUUCAAUUACAUUUGCCGCAGAGCUGAAGAAUGGCCAGGACGUUUUGCAGAGAGAAAGGGGGUUCAAGGAGAAAAUGAAGAUUUUCCCCUUUAUACUUUAAUUUACAGACAGAUGUGAGCAGUCUUGGAAACUGAUACUUCAGAGGGUUUUGAGAAAAAUCACAGCUGUUACAUUUCCCUGAAAUUAUUUGUCUUUUUCAGUUCUGACAGCGUGGUACAACACAAAAUACAGUAAACUGCCUGUCCAAAAAAAGAGCAUGAUGCCUCUUUUCAGGAUUUUAUAGGCCACUUUUCCAGUUUUUUUCCCCCCCACACCAAGAUGGACAAUUUUUAAGAUGAUCUAUUUGAUACGUGAAAGAAACAGACCUUAAGCAGGUCCUUCAUCAUUCCAGAGUCAUGAAAUUCUUCCACACUACUAAUGGACCAUAUCCCAGACUACUACAGUGACCAAAUUGAAGCCAGCUGUGAAGAGAUGCUCUCCUGACUGAACACGGAACAGCCUGAAAUCUUACGCUUCAAAUUCCUCCUCAACUCACUCAGACAUGGAGGAAAUUUUUGAGUUUAUUCAAGAAAAGUUUCAAGCUGAGAACCUCAGUUAAGCUAUAUGGUAUUAAUUUAAGGCACGAGGUAAAUGUUACAGGCCGUGUACUUUCAACUGUAUAUCACUGCCUUGUUUGUCUGAAAAGUGUUACUAGACAAAUGUUAUAAAGAAAAACAGAAAGCAAAGUUUGUAAAAAAAAAAAUUCUUUUUCAAUUAGUGCCUGUUAAUGUGUGUUGUCAAGAGGGUCUCUGGUAUUGUUGCCCAUUAAUGCUAUGAUAGGUGAUUUUAUCUGAAAAUACAGGUUAAACAGUUUAAGUACAGUAUAUUUGUCAAAAGUGGGUCUAGGGUGUUGUGAAUAGUUAAGUUGUAGAUGAAAUACUACAUUGUGUCGUGAUAUCCUUGACCCAGACGGGUGCCGUUUGUGGCUCAGCUUGAAAAGAAGACAAAAAGUAAGGAAAAUACACAAUGUGUAAUGUGAUGAAAGAGGUCAAAGGGCUGAGUGAUAAAAAGGAGUCACGGUUCAGAAUUCAGUGUUUACAAUGGUGCUGAAUGCGGGUUCCGGUUGCCAAGGCAACUCAAGGUCAUCAUACUGUAGAUGCAUGGAAAAGAGCAAAACACAGAGCGGGAAUCUGUUUGAGGGCUGUAGGGAUGUCGCUUGAGCCCCCGAACACAAUCAGCUGACACAUCCUUUUACAGAGACUGAGACUAGGCAACUGUGUCAACAAAGGAACAAUUUCAUUUUUUUCUCCACUGGAGAGAAGACAUGAGAUAGAGAAAGAGAAAGAGAAAGAAAGCAGUAUCCCUGCCAAACAGGACUAAAUGUGAGAACUGUACUUUUGGGGUAUGGUGUCUUUUAGAUGAGUAGAUUCCCUCUCUUCUUCUUCUUCUGCUUUUUUUUUAUAAGAAAAGAAAGACAAUGGUAGGAGUAAUUAUUAAAACACUAACAAAUGCAUAGACAUCCCAGUAGAAUAUGUGUAGCUUUUGUAAAGACAAGAAAAAACAGACUUUUGUUUAUUUUUAUUUCAAGAAGCUUACAGAUAAAGGUUAUCAAUAUAGGUAAUAUUGAUUAUAAUGUUUGUGAGCUCAGACUAGUUGGAAUGUCUAUACAGAGCACUGUGCAAGGUUUGAGUUCCCAAAGUAGUUGUUUUUAUUUCAACUUUAUCGAUAGACCAAACAUUUAUUCAAUGGAAGUUGUCACUUUCUGUUGUUGUUUAAAGUGUGUAAAGCUGUGGUUUCAUUAGAUUUACCCCACUGAGUCGCAAAAUUGGUCAAUCAGUCGAUCAGUGCAUCACACACCCAACCACUGAACUGGUUGUUAAAGAAAGUUCAUAAUCAAAGUACAUCAUUUUUGUGUAAACAUAAAUCUACUGCUAUACAUAAAGAUAUCAAUCUGUUAUCAUGAAUUUUGUGGUUUGAAGGUAUAUUUAUAAAAAAAACAAUAUGGAUGUGAGGCUGUAAUGUCCCCUUACACUAGUUAACAACCAUUAUUUAUCUGCUUUGACUACCUUUUGAUGGGGGUAUUCCAUGAUUGCAACCACACCUUAAUGUGCAUUAAUGUGUUUAAGUUCUUUUUUAGAGCACCUUAUGAGUUUUGUAGUAAAAGUCCCUUAGUGGUGUCUCCUUAACAACUACUGUCAAUGCCACCGUGCCUUCUGUUUCAAGCACUUCCUGGUGUAUUUUGUAAAACUCACCAAAAGCACUUAGCCUAUAUCUACACACUCUCUUCCUUCCCUCUCCUGCCCUUCCACUUCCGGUUCUCCUCCUUUUCCUCUUCUUCUCCUUAUUCACCUCAGUCUAUCUUCCUAAUGGUUUUCUUGUGUCUUUACUUCCUGACCCCGCUAUCCAGGGAUCAGAUUUGUCUCCUACUGUUCGGGCCUGUUCGGCCUUAAACAAGGUCACUAGGCCUUAUUCCAAUCUAGCAUGGCUAGACUCAUGAAAGAAUGGACUACCUAACACUUAGACAAGUAAAAAUAAAAUCACUAGAAAUGUAGGGUUAGGCUACUUUUGGUUUUAAUACUAACCCUUGGUAAACCAAAGCCCAAGUCUAAGACUAAUGAAUAUUGUAUUUAAUCUCAUGACGUGCCAAAACAUGUCCAACGUGACACUAAAGCAUGUAUCAACUUAAAAUCACACAAUAAUUCUCCUUCCCUCUCUUUUCUCUCAUACUUUGUCUUCAGCCCCUCCUCCCUCCUUUUCUCUAUUUCAUGCUUGCUCAUCCUCCAUGUCUCUCUGUCCGUAAUCUAUCUCUAGCACCACUCGAAGGUGACGUGUACUAUCUGGUAUUGAGGCCUUUAUUAGAGUUUUAUUUCAGUUUGUGUGUUUGUUCAAUGCCGCUGAGAUGGAAAAAUGCUCUUCUUAUGAUGAUGAUUAUUAUUGUUUUGGCAUUAUGGUAAAAAAAAAUCAAGAGAAAUGUGUUGUUGAAUGUUGUACAGAUAGAAAUAGAGAUGUCGUGUUUUUGUUUUUUUUUUUCAAGAGAGCACAAACCCGAGUGAUGUUCCCUUCUACCCUCUCAGUGAUUAAUAGCCAGUAAUUCUACAUGUGAUGACAGAUUUCCAAAUUAAAUCCUUUAAGUAGCAUUCUUCUUAGGUUUGUAAAGGCCACAAUAAGCAGCAUUUGGCUCAAACUUCAUUGCCAAAUUUAUUCCACAAGAAGGAAAAUCCUCUCUGAAACACUGAAGCAGCAGCGCUUGAGUAAUGAUUUUACUCUAGCGAAGGUAAAAAAAUAAAAAUAAAAAAACUUAC